UAAAAAUAAGUAUUUUGGCUUCCUCUUCCUGUAAGCAGCCAGAGGUGAUCUGUGAAGAUGGUUCGCUACUCUCUUGACCCAGAAAACCCCACAAAAUCAUGCAAAUCAAGAGGUUCAAACCUUCAUGUUCACUUUAAGAACACCCGGGAAUCUGCCCAGGCCAUCAAGGUUAUGCAUAUCCUCAAAGCCACCAAGUAUCUGAAGGAUGUCACUUUAAAGAAGCAAUGUGUGCCGUUCUGGCGGUAUAAUGGUAGAGCCGGUAGGUGCGCCCAGGCCAAACGGUGGGGCUGGACACAGGGACGGUGGCCAAAAAGGACUGCUGAACUUCUGCUGCACACGCUUAAAAAUGCAGAGAGUAAUGCUGAACUCAAGGGUUUAGGUGUAGAUUCGCUAGUCAUUGAACACAUCCAGGUGAACAAGACACCUAAGAUGCGCCGACGACCCUACAGAGCUCAUGGCCGGAUUAACCCAUGCAUGAGCUCCCCCUGCCACACUGAGAUGAUCCUCACUGAGAAGGAACAAAUCAUUCCAAAGCCAGAAGAGGAGGCUGCACAGAAGGAAAAGAUAUCCCAGAAGAAACUGAAGAAACAAAAGCUCAUGGCCCGGGAAUAAAUUCAUCAUAAAAUAAAUGCAGAUAAAGUAAAAAAAA